UCAAGUCUAUCUCAUUUCAAGACACCGGCAGAAAUGCAAAACCCACGCUCCACACAAACACUCUAAACAUUAAUAAUACUUGCAGACCUUCAUCAAUGGCGUCGUCUUCUUCAUUAGCUUCAUCUUUGUCCUCCAUUAUUAACCAUCCUCAUCACUCUCUCUGCAUUCAAAUCCACAGAAGAUGCACUUCCUUCUCUCUUAAACCUUUUCCCUCUAAUUUCCGUUGCUUCCAACGCCCUUCUAUCACCAAUUGGAUCACCCCUACUCGUUCUUUUUCUUUCUCUAGAACUUUCUGUAAUCUCUCUGAUGGUCCCACUCUCCGCCAAUUCAUGCCUCGUGCUUCGCUCUCCCCCGUCGAAAUCUUACCAGAAUGUAUGUCAGAUCCUUCUGAAGUUCCACAAAAAGGUCGUGUUUACCAUGAGACGUAUGGAUGCCAAAUGAAUGUCAAUGACAUGGAAAUCGUGUUAUCUAUCAUGAAAAAAGCUGGGUAUACUGAAAUAGUUGAGACUCCUGAGAGUGCAGAGGUUAUUUUCAUCAAUACUUGUGCUAUUAGGGACAAUGCAGAACAGAAAGUCUGGCAACGACUCAACUACUUUUGGUUUUUGAAGAGGCAUUGGAAAAGGAAUGUUGCCAAAGGAAGGUCACAGUCUGUCUGCCCUCCCAAGGUUGUAGUCUUGGGAUGUAUGGCUGAGAGGUUAAAGGAUAAGAUACUAGAUGCAGAUAAGAUGGUGGAUGUUGUGUGUGGACCUGAUGCUUAUAGGGAUCUUCCACGGUUACUGGAGGAGGUAGAUUAUGGUCAAAAAGGGAUAAACACUCUUUUAUCUCUUGAAGAAACUUAUGCCGACAUAAGUCCAGUACGUAUUUCGAAAAAUUCCAUCAGUGCUUUUGUCUCGAUUAUGAGAGGUUGCAAUAAUAUGUGCUCGUUCUGCAUUGUUCCAUUCACGAGAGGUAGGGAACGUUCACGCCCUGUGGAUUCAAUCGUCAGAGAGGUGGAAGAGCUGUAUAAAGAAGGGGUUAAAGAAGUAACGCUCCUUGGGCAAAAUGUGAAUAGUUAUAACGAUGCGUCAGGGGUUGAACAAGAUGUUGAACCUGGAACCCACUGGGAAUAUAGUGAAGGCUUUUCUAGUAUGUGCAAGGUAAAAACAAAGGGUCUGCGCUUUUCUGACCUCUUGGAUAGGCUUUCUUCUGAAUUUCCUGAGAUGCGAUUCAGAUACACAUCACCACACCCCAAAGAUUUUCCUGAUGAUCUGCUCUAUCUUAUGCGGGAUCGACAUAAUAUCUGCAAAAGCAUCCAUUUACCUGCUCAAUCUGGAAAUAGUGAAGUACUUGAAAGAAUGAGACGAGGCUACACUAGAGAGACAUACUUGGAUCUUGUUGAAAAAAUUCGCAGAAUAAUUCCUGAUGUCGCUCUAACUAGUGACUUCAUUUGCGGUUUUUGUGGGGAAACAGAGGAGCAGUUCACUGAUACACUGAGCCUCAUUGAGGCUGUUGGCUACGACAUGGCGUACAUGUUUGCCUAUAGUAUGAGAGAGAAAACCCAUGCCCACCGAAAUUACACCGAUGAUGUACCCGAAGAUGUCAAGCAAAGGAGGCUGCAAAAAAUGAUCGAGACCUUCCGUGGGAGUACAGGUCAUAGGUAUAACAUUCAGAUAGGCACAACCCAGCUCGUGUUGGUUGAAGGCCCUAAUCCUAGAGCCCCUGAAACCGAGUUGAUUGGUAAGAGCGACAAGGGUCAUAGAGUUAUAUUUACCUCUAUGCCGUUGCUUGAUAGGUAUGGUCAAGAUGAGACUAAACGAACACCCAGAAUUGGUGAUUUUGUGGAAGUCAAAAUAUUGAAAUCCACCACAGCGUCCCUCAUUGGGGAAGCUUGUGCAAUAGCCAAAUUGAGCUCUUUCUACAAGGUUGCAGAGUAAGAGGCCAUGGUUUGUGCUGGAAGUGCUUGAGAAGGUCGAUGCUUCUCUUAACGAUAAUCUCUGUAAUAUAUGCUCGUUAUUUUUUUCUUGUGGUAGGAAAUUUUGAUUGAAUGUGGUUAAAAGCUAACAUAACAAUUAAAAUGAUAAAUUGUUAUACUAAUAACAUAACAAUUAUAACACCACUAUUAGUCGUUUUAACGUA